GUCGAAAUCCAUACACGGCCGGUCUUGAUGGCAUUUUGCGUCUUCAUAUCAGCGGCCACCCAUGCUAAAGACGAGGGUCACGAUGGCAAGAGCAUCGAGGCAGGUCUGACAGAUCUCCUCUCUUGUAUGAUGCCCAAGUAUGUUAUCAUGUCAGAUGACUUGCCGAGACUGCCUUCUAGGAAGAUCGACCGUAACGUACUUAAGAAAAUAGUCGGAGAAAUGGACGCGACGGCUCUACAGAAAUGCUUCCUCUAGUUUAAAACAAAUAGGCUAGAAAGAUAGACUAGAAAGCCACCCUUUAUGCCUAGUAAUAGGAAGGAUUUUUCGCGGCCUAUUAUAGGUACAACGUUUCACUCUAAAGGAUUCUAGCUACUCGAAGAUAGCGGAGGAUCUUAACGGAUCAUAGGAAGGGGAAUUAGAAAGCAGGUUUGCCGGUA